CGGGCGGGCCCGUGGCGGCGGCGGUGGCCGCCCCGUAGGAGCCGGUGUAAGCCGGGAGGGAAGCUCCGGUAGUCGGAGUAGGAGUGGGGUGGCAUCUCGGGGAGAGAGGCGGGCGUUAUGCUGCUUCACCUGGUUCCCGAGUUUGACCUGCAGAAGGAUGUGGGCCCCUGGCUGGCGGCGCGGGGCUGGGCCGCGGCUCUAGGUACUUCUGAGAAUUUAUCAUCACUCUACAUUGUAAACAUUGAAAGAAAUGGAAAAGUUAUUUAUACCUGGAAGGGAAAUCAAAGAAAUACUCACAUUGGAUUGUAUGAUCUUCAAACUAAACAAAAUGAGCACCUCUAUAUGUUUGAGAGGGAUCUACACAUAAUCAGUUGUUCAGUCAACAAUGAAAGGACAUUAUUGGCGGUCAGCUUCCGUCAGUAUACAGAAGAAGAAAGAGUAAGUCGGCUGUUACAGUCAGUAUCCAAGUAUUUAACCUUGCUAAUUGAAAUUCAUCCCAUUAAUAAUGUGAGAGUCCUAAAGGCUGUGGAUAGCUGUGUUCGAGUACAGUUUCUUUAUCCAGUUGAAGGUAGAAGUACUUCUACAGAGAGUCGCCUCUUGCUAGUGUCAGAAGACAAAUAUAUCGAACAGUUUGACAUUGUUGUUGCAGAAGAAGAGCACAAAGUGGUGAUUCAAAACUCAGGUCAGCUUCCAAGGGCCAGAGUUGCAGAUGAUCUCAUUUGGGCACAAUGGGAUAUGAUGGAGCAAAGGCUCUUCUACAUUGUUCCAAAGGAAUCAAAGAGCACUUUAAAAUGCAUCCAGUUUUAUCCUGAUGAAAAUUUUAACUCAAUACUGGAAUCACAUCUGGAUAUUUCUGUAAAUGACACACAAUUUAAGCUUGUGAAUUUUGGAUAUGAUGAUUGUCAAAACCAAGAUGUUGCAUCCAAAUCUCUGAAUCUUCAGAUUUUUGCAAGUAAAGCAGGAGGCUUGUGUGUGUGCUGUAGUCUGCCCUCUGAUACUCCUCAUGAAAUAAUGUACUCCAUUUAUUUUUUACAUAAAGGUUACAACAAAACUUUUACAGUUUCUCUAGAAAGAACCGAAUCUCAUCAAUUGAAGGAAGUGGCUUUUAUGAAUCUUGACUAUUAUGUGGCUGCUUAUUUACCUGGGCAGUUUCUGCACCUCCUGAAUAUUCAGCAUCCUGACCUGCUGUGCUAUAGCUUAUUUCUAACAGGUGAGGAUGCAAGAAUUGACAUAUUGCAAAACAGCUCCAUCCGAUCCCUACUCUUGUCAAUAGUCCUGGAUUGCCAGGAAGGCAGCAUGUAUACUGUGAGCAUCAGUGACACCGCCUUACUGCAGCUCCUGCAGAACAGCAAACGAGACAGUGAGAGAUUGGCAGCUCUGCAUUGUGCCCUGUUGUACUUCCAGCACACAGAAGACUUGGAAAUGCAGAUCAUUUGGUGGAUUUCUGAGAACCUGUCAACAUGUCUUUCUUUUGACCCCAUUCAAGAGUUUAUCAUUGCCUCAUUGUACUGCAGAAUGUGUCCAGAAGCACACAACCUGGAUAAACUUUUGCCCUACACUUCACUGCUUGACUGGAUUGGGAUUAUCCCUGGAGUAACAUGUGCAACAGACAUUAUUUCUCUACCUGUGUUAGAGUUCCAAAACUCCAAAGGGUUCUGGGAGAAACUCAACUCAAACUUGGAGAGUGUGAAGUAUGCAGAGCCACACUUGCACUACCACAAUAACGUGCUCAGGAGGGAAUGGUGUAACCUUUCAGAAGAGAUUGAGGAGAGAACCACCACAGCGUAUUUGAGGAAUAUUUUUGAAAAUGCUAAGAAGGUGCUUUCUCAUCUGGAUACUUGGGACUCUGAGGAAAGGCUAAUGCCUCUCUUUCAAGAGGAGGAUUACCAGCAGCAGCUACUAAUGGGACUGAUGGUUGCUCAGCUAAAGGAUCACCUUAUGAGACAUCUACAAUAUGUAGGAAAAAAGAAGAUUGACCAAAUAGUCUUGGAUUAUGUUGCAAACCUGCUGAAUCUGGUACAUCGAAUAAUGAAGGAAGUCUGGAGGAAAUACCAGCUGCAUUCCUGCAUCUUCUGCUUUGGUGAGAGAGGAGGUGCAGGAGAGUUUGCAGUGUUCCACGUCAUGAGUCGGAUUCUGGAAGCUGCAAAUGGCAUGUGCUUGCCCUUACCUCCUGGUUUUCACACUCUGCACUUGGGCCUUGGUGUUCGGUGUCUGCCUCUGCACACCCUCCUGCACUACAUCGAUAGUGGUGUCUUGCAUCUGACAGAAACCUGUGUCAGGAAAUUGCUGAAAGAUCUGGAUGACACUGAGGAGAAUGAAAAGUUGAAGUUCAGUAUUGUCAUGAGGCUUCCUGAGGCUCUUGGGCAAAAGGUCCGCCAGUUCUGGAACCACCCAAUAAAUGCUCAUGUCAUGGCACGGAAAUAUGUGAAACUUCUGCUGGAGAAACUGGGCAACAGGCAGUGCAGCAGGCCUGUCCCCGAGAGACUCGCAGUCCCUGUGGAAUUUCUGCCACUUAACUACCUGACCAACAUACUGGCAGAGAUAGAGAAUCAAGGUGUGCAUCCAUAUGAAAAACAAGACCAUGUUAAUGUGAGAUUUGUAGAGGAAACAGCACUCAAGCACACCAUGACACUUCUGGGCCUCAAAUAUUCCUGAAGCAUGUGCUGUUGCAGAAGGCUGGCUGACUGUGCUGCACACCUACAACUAGGCACACACAGUGUGCAACCAACUUUUUAUGAACUUAUCAUGUUGUUUCCCAAAGAAUUUGCAGUUUUGGGCAGGCACCAGUACUGACAUAAGCUCCUCAAAAUGGUGUUUGGUCCAAUGUGUCAAAUGCAUCUGACACAAGCCCAGGUGUGGAACACAUCUGUGGUCUCAUGUUGAAGUGGUCAGAUAAGUGGAACUACAGCGGGUAUCAAACCAGUGGUGAAAAUUGGUACGAAGGGCAGUUAUUUUAAUAAGAUAGACAAUCCUGAGAAAGGUUGUCCAGCUGUGUUGUAUGCUGACAAGGAACCAGUAGCAGUCUCCUCACUUGGCUCAGCAGGCGGCUUUCUGGGUGUGAUGAUGUAACACAGGUGGGAUUAACAACCAUUGCUGUACAUCAGGUGUCAGCGAUGAGGCGUUUGUGCCAGGUGGUGGUACCUGAGGGUACUUCUGCCUCAGGUGCGAGUCUAUCGGUCAUUUUGGUAACUACCCCAAAAUACAAUCUCCUUAAAAUGCGUGUGACAGGUUUUGUUUGGCUGUUUUGUUAGCUAUGUACACUAUGUUGUGAGCAAUACAGGAUAAGAGAAGAGUUCAUUGGAAAUUCAUCUCAACAGUGACCUGGACGGCGUUUUACUUAAUCCUUUCCUUACAACUUUUGGUGUUCCUGUUCAAACCUCAGCUUCAAAAACAAAUUAUGGAGGCUGUUUUUCUGUCAUUUCAACUCUUAUUUGUACAUAACUGUGCAGUGUUGUUUGGGUUUUGGUGGAGUUUUUUUUGAAGUUCUGAACUGUGACAUUAAUUUAAGAGUGACAGCAGUUUGCUUUGCAGGGGAAAUGUUCUGACAUGUGGGAUUUCUGCAGUCUUCACUGGCUUUACAAACACCUCCAUCCACGUUUCAAACUAUUAAGCUAAGCUGACAAUGUGAGAUAAUCUGAGGAGUUUCCACUGCUGCUCCCUGUUACUGGUGAAAUCAAAAGAUCCAAUUCUCAAGAGUGACUUGGCAAGUUCGUAGUGAUUCCCUUGUCAUUGCCAUCAGUGGAGCAAGAGUUUGGGCUUUCUCAGUAACUGCAUAGAGGGAGUAUUUUUCUCAAUAUGAUUAACUUUUGUGUGGCUGCUGAAAGCUGUGUUGAUGUGUUUGUAUAGGCAGUGGGGGUAUGAGUACGAAAUGGAUAACAAGAGAGGAUGUUCUAGCCUUUUCUUUUUAAUUAAAUGUAUUAUAAAAUAGAAUCAUGAAUAAAACUUCAC